UAAUAGUGAUAAGGAUAAGAACAGUGACUUGAAAGAAGCAGGGAUUAGUCACUGGCAAAAUAUAUUUUUUCUAAUGACAGUUAUAGUUCUAAGUGUAUGUGUAGUAGUACUUAUUUGCAUUAUUCUCAGUCAACUCAGAAACAGUUUUAUUCGUCGAAAGUUAAAAAGGGUUAGUGAUGAAGCCCCAGUAGAAAAUAACAGUGAAGCAGCAGUAAUGGCUCAACUAUUACCUGCUGACCAUGGUACCACUAGGUUGUCCUCAGGUACCUUUAGUAUAAAUAGAAAUACCAUAUCAGAAAAUAGAUGCUCUAAUCACUUGCCUGUCACUGCAACAUCUAUACCUGCAACAUCUAUACCUUCAUCUCCUUCCACUGCUCAGAGACAGACAGAUAUUGAAUCUGAACAGUCCACUGUUCAGAUGUACCCACCUAUACCUUUCACUAUGGACAGGCUACUAGCAUCUGCACAUUAUUUCAUAGGAAAGUUUACUCUUUAUCAGUAUACUAAAUUAAAGCAAGCUCUUGCAUCAAGUAGCACUGCGGCAAGGCCUGGAUGCAGCAAAACAUCAAGGGCCAACACUGCAGAUAGAAUUGCUGAAAUGACACGGUCACGUAAUUUCAGCGGUACAAGCAGUACAGAGGGUGAAUGUGAAGAUGAUAGUACAAACAGUUCCAAUAAUGUAAGUGGAAAAGGAGAAAGAAGACGAAGACAUUCUUCAGAUAAUGAGGAUCCUUUAGAAAAAAGAAGAAAGUUCCUGGAAAGAAAUAGGGCUGCAGCAAUUAGAUGUCGAGAAAAAAAGAAAAAGUGGAUUGAAAAUCUUUCUCUCAAGUAUGAUGAACUUGGCGCUCAUAACUUGAAACUUCAAACUGAAGUUUCAUCACUACGUUCUGAGGUUGCUGUCCUGAAGUCUAUGCUGUUACAACAUAAAGACUGUCCAGUAACUCUGGCUAUGCAAGGAGAAGGCUCCGUCGAUAAUAUGAGUAACUGUGAUAAUCUAGCACCAUUACCAUCGGUCUUUGCUCCCCUGUCAGAAGUACGAAUAUCAAGCCAAACUACACACAAACCUCGCACCAGAUCACUGUCACUACCAUCAAUCCCAUCAUCCACUGUAACUUCUGUAGAACCUCUUCCAGUUAACUUAUCAAGUUCUACAUACACUUGCCCAGCUUCAUCAUCAGUUACCACAUCUGUAUCGUCAUCAACAAAGCUAGGAAAAGUGACAGUCGUAGGAGGUGGUGAGUGGUGGGUGGCACUUCAAAUGUAAUAGUAGCAACAGUUCCUUCUCAAGUUUCCCAGGCCACAACAGCUGCCCAGCCACAUCUAUUAAACCUCACCUUACAUCACAGUCCCCAGAGUAAAUCUUCAGUUCUUCGUAAAUCUAAUUAAAGCUGAUAAGUUUAUUGUUAGUGUGGAUUUUAUAAUGUUUCUUUCCACAUGGCUGCUUCUUUGAUUCAUAGAUAUUAGGCAGUGUAAUAAAAAAUUCUUGGUGUCACAUCUACCAUACUUUCAUUUUUCCCCCCCUCUCUUUAAAACCAUUGGCUGUUGUGAUUUCCUUCAAAGAGAUAAUCUCUGGAUCUUCAUCAGACCUGAUGGAUGCUAAAGUACAGUACUACACACAUUCAGGUUUAAAUGUGAUUAUAGUUCUUAUGGUUUACUUAGUUUUGAAGAGAUAAUAAAUCAGUAAAGAAUUUAAGCAGCAAAUAAUUAUACAGAAAGGUAUGUUGAUUUGGAGAAAAAGGGAGUGAAUUUAUGGUACAUUGAUAUCACCAGAGAUACAGUGUACCCACUUAUAGACUGUGCUGUCGAAAAUAAGAAAUCUAUUUCUAUUGUAUAGCUUCAUAUGUAUUAGAUGUUAGGGUAUUAUAUUUGUGUUUGAGAGUGUCUGUCAAAUAUGGAGUGAUGUUUUAUACAUGAAAUAUUUCAGGCUCAAAUAUUCAUCAGUGGAUGAUGAAAAGAAUCUGGAUAUAGUGCAUUUAGAUAUAUAGUAGCAAACCAUUUUUACUUUAUGAUAUGAUAG